UACAAGCCAGGACGCAAUGCUGCAGCGCUUGCUCUACACUAAGAACACGGCAUCUGUGUAUGGCACCCAAAGGCAAGUUUCCACACGACGAGCACAUCAUCCUUCGCCGGCACUCUCCCGGCUUCGAUGGCAGAGUUGUCAAGGAGGCGGUUUUCUUGGUGCUCCAGAGGGUGUUCGAGGACUUGUUCCUGCCCAGCUGCCACUCGUUCCGGCCUGGCCGCGGGUUUCACACAGCUCUGCAAGAUUUGCGUCACUGGAGAGACGUUUCUUUCUUCGUCAAGCUGACGGUGAGGGAUGUCAAGGCCGACAGAAGCAGUGAGGCAUCAGGAGCUGUGAAAGCUUUCGUGAACGAUGGUGCACUCGUAGAGCUUCUGCAACAGAUGGUGGACUACAGGCAUCUCGAGCUCCAGUGGAAAACGCCCGUCAAGCAUGAUGGAUCGAUCCUGAGCAAGGGCCUUUCGUUCUUGUGGACCAACAUCUGCUUGCAUCGAGUUGACAGCUUCGUCCGGCAGGAGCUCGAAAACCUCCAAGGCACAGACGCAGACGCAGCAAAGAAGAAACAGAGAAAACAGUACGUGAGGCACGCAGGAAAUUUGCUAGUUGGCUACAGCGGCACUGAUCGAGUGGCUUGCCAGGAGUUUUACAACAAAGUUUCCAGUUUUGUGGAGUCCGAGCAGGGCCUGAUAGUGGAUUCACUCCGCUCUGGUAUUAGGCACUACACUCGAAAGGUGGACUACUUGGGAUUUGGAGUUUCUUACAAGCCUGUACUCCAGCCGGAGAGCUUCAGGGGUGAGGUUCAUCUCCAGAGGCUGAAGAGAGCCUGCAAGAUUCUUAUCCAGACCCGGAUGGAGCACAUCGAUCGCAUCAACCGGCAGUUUCAACAUGCGGUUUCACACGCCAUCGGGAUAACUUUGAAGGAAAGCUUCGACGACAGCAUGCAGAAAGGGAUGUGUCCUCCCGGUAUCAGAUCCGAGCAGAUCAGGAUCGACGCGAAACUCGAGGAUGAUCUCCACUGGGAGCGCAUGAGGAUGGAGAUCUCAAACAAGGCAACCGGCAGCGAGAUCAGGGGGCUGCAAACGAACUCCGUCAAGAUUCUGGGAGCUCUGAAGCAGAUGAUCAAAGAGUCCAAGUACAAGGACGCCUACCACCCCAGGCCAAGCUCGACUCUGCUGAACGAGCUGGCCAGCCGAGCUUUACCGCCGAAGGUCAUGAAAGCUUCGCUGGACAUCGACAGGACUUUGAGAGGGUUUUACCAGAAAGUCCUGCGAGCGGAAGCGGACGCGCGCAAGAGUCGUAAAGUCGAUGCAAAGCUGAUACAGAACAUGUGGACGGGGAAUACGUGGUUCUCGAGCGUGGACCUGCUUGCUCCAAUCGACGAGCUCAAGAAGCUACUGGAGGAAGCCGGGUUUUUCAAGCGAGGAAAGGAAACUCACGUCGGGAAUAUGUUCAACAUGACCGACGAGGGGAUUGUGCUGCUGUACGCUCACGUUGCGCUGAGCAUCCUCAAGUACUACAGGUGUGCCAACAAUCUUCCUCAAGUGAGGCUGCUGGUGAACUACCACCUGAGGUACUCGUGCCUGCUCACCAUCACAGGCAAGCACCAAAAGACGCUGCCAUGGACUAUAGAGAACUACACCAAGGAUCUGAUCAUCAAAGUUGACGAGGAGGAUGGGACGGUGGUGAAGCGGCCUUUCCCGAGCCGCAAGCAGGUGUUGUCGAUGAAGCACGACUUUUUCAAGAGGCCGAGCCCGACACCUCCGUGGGAAGUCAUCAGGCAUUGGAAAGAGCUGAGGAAAUCUGUCGACAGGGAAACAGCACAGAGGGAGUCGAGAGGUGGUGCUUAAAAAGCUGAAGAGCUGCUUCGCUUGCUUUCCGGGAAAGCAUGUCGCUCGGCUUUUUUCGCUUGACUCUUGGAAGCUGGAUUGGAGAAAUCUCAGUAGCUUUAUGCGGCCAGCCAGCAGCAACAAAGUCUACGUGCUCCUCGUGAUUUGCAAUCAUCAAGGCUGCUUCUUAAGAUACCAUCACCGUGGCUCUCGUCGUCUUGAAUAAAGAACGAAUUCUCCAC